AUGAAUCCGGACAUUAUUAAAGAGCGACAGAAUGCAUCUUUUGACGUGGAAAAAGUCACAUAUAUUUUGGAUGGGGGGCCCGAAAAGACCAAAAGAAAACGAGAAAUAGAGACCCUGGUCAUAAAUGACCCAGACUUUGAUGAAGUGGACCCAAACUUCCUAUCCCGUAGUGAGCGCUAUGAUCAGGCUGUGAGAAAAAGUGCUCAGAUGAUCUUGAAGAUUAGAGAGUAUGGAAUUUCAGAUCCAGAGGAGAUUUACUUCUACAAGAGUAUGAUGACUGGCAACCAUCAUGAGGCCCUGGGAUUGCAUUAUGUCAUGUUCCUCCCAACCCUGUACAGCCAGUGUGACCAAGAGCAGUCCAAGAAGUGGUUACCCCUGGCCGAGUCCUUCAGGGCUCUGGGCACCUAUGCUCAGACUGAGCUGGGCCAUGAGCCCUUGGAUCUUCAUCUGGGGAUGUUCCUGCCCACAUUGCUCAACCAAGCCACCCCUGAGCAAAUGGAUAAAUUCUUCAUGCCCGCUUGGAAUCUAGAGAUCAUCGGAACCUACGCUCAGACAGAGAUUGGUCACGGUACUCACCUCAGAGGCCUUGAAACCACUGCCACUUAUGAUCCUGCAACACAGGAGUUUGUUUUAAACAGUCCUACAGUUACCUCCAUCAAAUGGUGGCCUGGAGCGCUUGGAAAGACAUCCAAUCAUGCUGUUGUUUUGGCGCAGCUUCACACUCAAGGAAAAUGCUGCGGUCUGCAUGCUUUUAUUGUACAGCUUCGACACAUGGACACACAUGAACCUCUUCCAGGUGUAAUGGUUGGUGAUAUUGGACCCAAGUUUGGAUUUAGUGAAGUUGACAAUGGAUUCCUGAAAAUGGAUAAUGUUAGGAUUCCGCGCAUCAACAUGUUGAUGAAGUAUGCUAAGGUGGAGCCAGAUGGCACCUAUUUGAAGCCCCCCAGUGCCAAGUUGACUUAUGGUACAAUGGUAUUCAUCCGGUCCUUAAUUGUUGGUCAGUCUGCUAUCUCCCUGGCAAAGUCCUGUACAAUUGCCAUUCGCUACAGCGUGGUCCGACAUCAGUCUGAAAUUCGCGCUGGAGAGCCUGAGCCCCAAAUCCUUGACUACCAAACACAACAGUACAAGCUGUUUCCUUUGCUGGCCACAGCCUAUGCUUUUACAUUUGUGGGUCAGUACAUGAGCCAAACCUAUCACCGCAUCACUGGAGAUAUCAACCAAGGAGACUUCAGUGAACUGCCAGAGCUGCAUGCCCUCUCUGCUGGACUAAAGGCUUUCACCACUUGGACAACAAAUGCUGGGAUUGAAGUGUGCCGCAUGUCUUGUGGUGGACAUGGCUAUUCCCGCAGCAGUGCCUUGCCUGACAUUUAUGUAGAGUUCACUCCCACAUGCACAUACGAAGGGGAGAAUACAGUUAUGAUGCUGCAGACAGCAAGACACCUGGUCAAAAGCUACAGACAGGCCAAAGCUGGUCAACAGCUGAGCGGCAUUGUGUCAUACCUGAAUGACACAGAACGGCAUCAUGUCCAGGCCAAUCCGGCCUCUUCCAGGCCAAUUGUCGUGGACAUCAACGAUCCGAGUAACCUCGUCGAGAGUUACAAACUUCGAGCUGCAACACUUGUUGAGCUUGCUGCAAAAAGCAUCCAGCGGGAGUUACAAAUGAGGAAUAGUCAAGAAGAUGCUUGGAACAACAGUGCUAUCGACUUAGUCAGAGCCUCAGAUGCCCAUUGUCAUUAUGUGGUAGUGAAACUUUUCACCGAGAAGCUGAGUGAGAUUGGGGACACAGCCAUUCACUCUGUGCUGUCAACCCUGGCUCUGCUGUACGCUCUGCAUGGCAUCACUCAACAUUCAGGAGACUUCUUACAGGCUGGACUCCUGACCGUGCCUCAGAUGCAGCAGAUAUCUGGGCGUGUGAAGGAGCUGCUGUGUACGCUCAGACCCAAUGCUGUUGCGCUGGUGGAUGCCUUUGAUUUCCACGACAAGAAGCUGAACUCUGUCCUGGGACGAUACGAUGGAAAUGUUUAUGAGAACCUGUUUGAAUGGGCUCGCAAGUCACCGCUCAAUGCCACAGAGGUCCACGAGUCCUUUCACAAAUACCUGAAGCCACUGCGGUCUAAGCUCUGA